AUGACAAAAAAAUCCAAUAAAGAUUCACAACAAAAAACAGUAGAAAAAAAUAAUGAUAACGAAACCAAUAAAAGUCCAAUUUCUUUACUUUCAGAGAAAACAUAUAAAAUGAAUCUUUUAAUUAAACCUGGAGCGAAGGAAUCACGGGUUACAAACAUUUCAGAAGUUCAUGUUAGCUUACAGAUCGCAGCACCACCAAGAGAUGGAGAAGCAAAUAAAGAAGUCAUUUCAUUUUUAUCCGAGAUUUUAAGAAUUCGUAAAAGCGAUAUAAGUUUAAUAUCUGGAAUGAAAUCUCGUGAUAAAAUUGUCAAAUUAGAAGGCAUAACUCACGAUGAAAUAUUGAACUUAUUAAAAUCAAACAUUCAAUAA